AUGUCUGCCCUAUUCCCCAGCACCGGCGGCACCUACACGGACCACGGCUUCCGCAUCCGCCGCUCCAGCCCCUCGCACCUCGCCAACCACUUCAAGAUCCAGCAGACGGCGCACCCGGACUUCGCCAUGUCUCUCGACCCGGCCUCCCCCAUCUACUACCACGCCACCUCCGACGGGGGACGCAUCCGCCACGAGCAGCGGCAGAGUGAGUUUCCGGACGAUCAACAAGGGGGACGUUUACGCACGAUCUGCCGCGGAAUAAGGCCACGGGCCGGAAGUGGGGCGUUGGACCUCGUGGUGCGGCAUGGGACGAUCGAGCGGUGUGACGAGUGGUAUGACUGGAGUGCUCGGACGGAGAUGGGGGUCGCAGGGAACGGCGAUGAGGCAACUGAGGUGAAGACUUGGGAAGCGUGGGUGCCAGAAGAUGGAUAUCAUGUGCUCGGGGAGGGCGACUUCGAUCAGAGGACUCUGGACAAGGCCUGA